AUGGCAGACAAGCCGGACAUGGGGGAAAUCUCCAGCUUCGAUAAGGCCAAGCUGAAGAAAAUGGAGACGCAGGAGAAGAACACCCUGCCGACCGAAGAGACCAUUGAGCAGGAGAAGCGGAGUGAAAUUUCCUAAGAACCUAGAGGAUUCC